AUGGAUGGCACGCCGACGAGAAAGAUUGCCCCGGCGCCGUCGAUCACAAUUGAUGCGCUGGCAAGCCAGUUCUGGGCGCGUCUCUUGAGCGGAGCCUACGCUGGCCCCGAUGCCGCGGCGGAGGCGCUGCUUGGUAUCCUGAACAAGGUGUACACUCAGGGCAGCCGCGAGGACGUGCGGACCUUCCUGCGCAGCAUCAAGGAGCAGCUGGCGCCAGCCCCGACGCGCAUUGCCGCCGCGGGCCCCGUGUUUGCGCUCGCCGGCGCGCUCGCGGUCGCGGCCGAGCGGCUGCGGCAGUUCAGCCCGGUCAAGGGCCAUGACAAGCUUGGGUCCUGCGUGCUGGAGGAGCUGCGGCUGAGGCUGUACCGCGUGAUCACGGGAGAGACGUUUGCGGACGACACCGCUGUGCGGCGGCACGCCUUGGACUGCUGCUUCGUCCUCAUGAUGAAGGAGGGCGAGGCCAGGCAGCGCUGCCAGCAGCGCGGCGCCACGGGCCCGCCGGCGUCGCCGAAGGCGCCGGCGGGGUCGGGGGGCGCGGGCCAGCCGCAGACGCCCCAGAAGGCGAUGAGCUUCGGGCGGAUCAUGUCUGAGCGCAUGUCAGGCCUGGCUGGGCCGGACACGGCGAGCUGGGGCUCCCUCUGGACGAGCCUCAUGGGCUGCGCCCUCGGCCACCAGGCGAUGCCGCUGCUGCAGUCUGUGCUGAUGGACCUGUACGCAUCCGGCAACCUUGCCGCGGCCACGAGCCUGGGGCGCAGCAGCGCAAGCCUCUUGCACAGUGGCAGCGGCAAGAGCCGCUCGCCGCAGCGAGAGGGUUCCCGCAGGGCUGGCAGCGGCGCCUCGGACCGCAGCCAGCUGUCUGCUGCCGCGGCGGCAGUGGCGGCGUGCGGUGACGACCUUGCAUCCCAGAGCAGCGACGGCGGCGCUGCUGGUAAUGCUCACACGCCCCCUGCCGCCGCCUCGGCCGCAAAGGUCGCGCUCACGGGCGCAGCGGCGGCGUUCGCUGGCCGCUUUGCCGCCGCGGCGUCGGGCGCGCGUGCACGCAUGGCGCGGCUGUCGGACGGUGGCCCGGUGCGGAUGCUUGAUGGCCGCUCGCGCGACUCUGACCCGCGCGGUGCCGCGGAUGCGACAGCCGGCUCGCCUAUCAGCCCCGCGGCCGCGGCAGCAGCGGAUGCACUGGGAAAGCCCGGUGUUAUCCCGGCAGACGGCGAGUCUGGCGGGGAUGAGCGGGAACAUGAGCAGGACCAGCAGGUUGAGCAGCAGCCGGAGGGGCAGCAUGGGUCCCGCAGGCAGCAUCACGCAGAUGCAGAGGAGGGCCAUGCGGGGUGGCGCGAGCAGCGCGCGCAGGCGGAGGUGGUUGGCGCAGGGAGCACUCAGUCUGUGCCCAAGGGCUGGGUGCAAUUUGGCGCCGAGCCGCUCAGCUCCUCGCAGCGCCCAGCCCCUGCACCCACGUCUGGCUGCCUCGAGCUGACCGCCAGCAGCUGCACCCCCGGUGCGGGCGCCGCAGAGGCAGCCGUCGCGGGCACGACGAUAGCAGACGCGGCUGUGGUGGCCCUGGCUGCAGCCGCGGCAGUGGCGGCGCCGUCGGGGCCAUGCCAUCACCGGCGCACGUCGAGCCGCACCCUGCAAUUCUGGGCGGACGACUCAGCCAUGUGGCCAAGCCCCAAGGAUGAUGUCGUGGCAGACACCGCCGUCACGACGCUUGCGCACUAA